UGUCCUUGAUUCAUUCCUAUUCUUUUCAAAGGAUCAAAGUCUAUAUGGAAUCUUAGAGGGAUUGAUAGAAUCCUAAUAGGAUUCCAUUAUCUCAUUUAUAAUCAAUUUGCAUGAUCGUAUUAAUCCUACCGAUCGUACAGUUUCAUCAUAUCUAUCUUUCUCAUAAUGGCAAGUGGGAGGAAGCCUAAAGGACUGAACAGGUCAUGUUUUCUCCUCAUAGUGAUAGCUGGUAUGGAGAGGUUUGCAUUCAAAGGGGUGGCAUCAAAUUUGGUAACUUAUCUCACAGAUGUUGUUAUGAUGAGCAACUCUGCUGCAGCCAAGACAGUAAAUAAUUGGUGUGGGUUCACAUCCAUGUUACCACUUCUAGUAGCAUCCCUUGCUGAUUCUUGGGAUCGGUAUUCCACCAUUCUUAGCUCUUCCUUUCUAUAUGUUGUGGGACUUGUGGCUUUGACAUCAACAGCAUUGGCUUGGGCAAGGCAUCCCACCAACAAUAUAAGCUCUUCAUACCUGUUUUGGUCACUCUGUUUGAUUUCUCUAGGACAAGGUGGAUAUAACCCGUCUUUACAAGCCUUUGGAGCGGAUCAAAUUCCGAACGAUGAUGAGCUACCGUGCACAAAAGAUGAGCAGAAAUCAAAUAAGAAGAGUUUGUUCUUCCAAUGGUGGUAUUUUGGGGUUUGCGGUGGCAGCCUCGCAGGUGUCACAGUCAUGUCCUAUAUCCAAGACACAUUUGGCUGGGCACUCGGAUUUGCCAUUCCCACAAUCGCAAUGACAGCAUCGAUUUUACUAUUUUGGUGUGGUAGCAGAAUUUAUACAUAUAAACAGGAUGACAAUGUCUCUGAAAGGUCUUCACUGGACAUAUUUCGAGCCAUUAAGGGAGCUGUGUCGAAAUUAAUGAAUAGCAGAAUCACCUUGUCAAGCAACAAGCCAGACGUGGCUGAGCUAGAGCUUCAAGAAAAACCUCUUUGUCAGAAUUCAGGCAAUGCCAAGGCAUUGAUGGAGAAGCCUGGCGGCGACAUUAACUACCUGGUAGAAAAUGGAAAAGUAGUAUUGAGGCUUUUGCCGAUAUGGUCGAUGCUCCUAAUGUUCGCGGUCAUCUUUCAACUGCCUGCCACAUUCUUUACCAAACAAGGAAUGACAAUGAAGAGAAAUGUAGGCAGCAGCUUCAAGAUCCCACCAGCUACUCUACAAAGUUCUAUUACAGUUUCUAUAAUCCUCCUGAUGCCAUUUUAUGAUGCAUUGCUGAUCCCACUUGCACGACUGAUUACCCGUGACGAAAAAGGUAUCAGUGUGACUGAAAGAAUGGGAAUUGGGAUGGUCCUAUCUAUCAUAGCAAUGGCCAUAGCUGCUCUUGUCGAAACAAAGAGACUCGAAAUCGGACAAAAGAUGGAAGUUGUUGAUCAGAAAAUGGAAACCGAAGUUCCAUUAAGCAUAUUUUGGUUGCUACCUCAGUACAUCCUGCUAGGCAUUUCGGAUAUCUUCACUGUUGUAGGGAUGCAAGAGUUUUUCUACAGUGAAGUUCCUGUCAGAAUGAGAACAAUGGGAAUUGCACUGUAUACUAGUGUAUUUGGAGUGGGAAGCUUCUUGAGUGCCCUAUUGAUCUCGCUCGUUGAAUAUUUUACAUCUUCAACAGGGGGCAAGAGCUGGUUCUCUGAUGACAUGAGAGAAGCCCGUCUAGACAAAUACUACUGGCUUCUAGCCUUGUUAAGUGUUCUCAGCUUGAUAUUUUAUGUCGUUUUCUGCAAAUGUUAUGUAAGCAGGAGCAGCGAUUUGGAUAAUGAGAAGUCAUAGGAGGUAGAGGAAGGCCUCGUCAAUUAUAAAUAAAUUGUUUUAAUUUGUCA